CAAAAUGACAAACUAUAUAGAUCUACAUAUCACUCACAACGAGAGUAAAAUUCUAAUGAACGAAGCGACUUGUUGUACAUAAUUUGUUCAUUUAGACAUUUUAUGUCUUUAUUAAAUGAUAACUAGAAAGCACCUGUCUCUCCUGGCGCUGAUUUAUGCAGUUUUCAGACGGAAGGUAACGGUCUGACAUGUUGCCUCUGUCGUUCGGCUGCGCGCCUGUCCAAAUCUGUUUACGAUUACGCACAUUUUUUUUCCAUUCUUAAAAAAAAAAAACCGAGCGACCAAUGCGUGUAUAUAUAUAAAGAAGAUACACCUCUAGUUACUAAAUGAUGAAGAUGCGGACCGGGAAUAUCAUUUCUGUUCUACUUUACCACUUGGGGUUAUUAUGCUGUGUUCGACUGUGCACGGUCAAAGUCAACGACAUACCAGUCCAGUCGGACUUUAUCUAUGACAACUUCACGGAGUCCGCGUGGAACACCGUUAAAUACAACAGAUUUAUCAAAAUCAAGGGAAUCCCUAAACUUUACUCCAACUCGGACCAGACUACUCUUUUUGGAUGGAAAGAUGCACAACCGAUCGUCACCAACAUCGCCCGCUUUGGUUUCGCCCCUGGGAGGAACAUGUGUGUUUCAGACACGGGCACUGUCGAGUUCCUUGACAACAAACCCGCCAAGAUGUUCCUAAAGUACCGUAACAAAAAAACAGGACAGACACACGAACAAAACCAGUGGGUGUUAUAUACGGACUACAAGAACCUCGCUAUCAUGUACGCGUGCGAGGACAAGCUGCAACUGGACGGGCUGUGCGAAUCAAAGCACCGCUACAUUUGGAUUUUGGCAAAGAAGACUACUUUAACGGAAGCGGAAGAUCAAAAGGCCAAAGCAAUGGCGGCUUCUGUGUGUAUAACAGAGACUCUUAAGUCUAUCGACCACAAACAUCCAUGUAACCAACAAAUAACAAUGUGAGAGGAGCAUCGCUCUAACUGACUGUGCCAAGUGUUUUCUGCAACCCAUGUAUCCUUGUGAUAUUACUAUAUUGCUUCAUUAAAAGACAUGUCGUUUUAGGAGUCAAUCUGUUUCAUUAAAAAUCUCCUAUAUUCA